UAUGUUAUGGACAUGUAAAAUUAAAAAAAUACAUGCAAUACAUUAAAAUUAGAUUCUUUAAUACAUGGCGCAUUUUUUUUCAGGAUAAUGCAAAAUAUCAUUUCACGUGCUUUUGGAAGCGGACAGCUGGUGGAGCUGUUGUGAAAUGAUGGACACGCAGGAGGAAGUAGCAGCAACGUGGGUUUAUUGAAACCGGUCCAGUAAUUUCCGUACUUGAUCGAGGAUGAAGCACAGUGAGGCGGCCCAGCGGCAGCAGCCCUCCCUCUACCUGGAAGUUUGUUCCCGGGAUGAUGAGCCUCGUCUCCCCCUGCACUCCUCCAUCGUCCUCUUCCUCCUCUCCUACUGCGACUGCAAGUCUUUUAAAGUUUUCCUGGCUGUCGACAAGCCCCUGAGCUGGGAGUCGCUGAGGAGCCGGCUGCCCUCCUCCCUGGAUGUCUGCGACACCCCGGUGGAGGCGCUGCCCCGGCUGGUGAGAGGCUGCCGCCUGCCCGCGGCUCUGGACGGGUCCGGCCGGCUGUGCAGGGCGGGGCUGGCUGUGGUGCUGAGACACAUCAUCAACACGACCAUCCAGGCAGACCCGUCCAGGACUGAUGUGCUGGCACUGCUGGGCUUCAAGAAGACCUGUCUGAAGGCGUGUGCGGAGGUCAGCAAGUGGACCAGACUGUGUGAAAUUGCCAUCCCGUCGGCAGUGGAAGACCACCUCCAAAACCCCACAAGUCACCAUCAGCAGCUGCCCCUCUCCAUUCUCGCCCUGGAGCGGAGGCUGGCGGAGCCCGUCAGAGUCCACAACGACGAUAAAAUACGACGGCAGAAGCUCAGGGAGCAGAAACAGAGCGGAAAGAACGAGGCCCCCGGGGGCCCGGGGAGCCGGAGCUCCGAGCCCGGGCCCGGGCUGGAGCUCCGGGCGGCUCUGGCCAAGCUGUCGGUGGAAUCAGUUCCGUCUCCGACCACCAGAGAGAACUCCGAGAUCAGGAAAGUGAAGACGGCGGAGCUGCCUCCUCUGGAGCACGUGUUUGCUGAAGGACUGUACUUCACUCUGACUGACGUGGUGCUGCUGCCCUGCAUCUCUCAGUAUCUGCACUCCCUCCAGACGCACGCUGCCGGCGCCCUGCAGCGGCUGCCCCGCCUGCUGCGCUGGUACCGCCGCGUCCAGGAGGUGCCCGGAGUGCUCCGAGCGGCCCAGGAGUGCGGGCUGCUCCUGUCCGCCCCCGAAGGCCCCUCGCCCCCCUCGCCCCCCUCGCCCGCCCCCCCUGUGCCGACCGCAGAGGUCGCCUCAGCCGACCUGCUGGAACCAGAGGACGGCCGGGAGUCGUCCACGCAGACCCCCUUUGUCGGAGGCCCCAGACCCACAAUGACUAAACUCAGAGAAAAUGGCAUCGAGGCGGUGUUCGCUCCUCAUCCUCGCCCCGCCUGGACUCUGCCGUGGGACAGCUUACCAGAGGCCAUCAACCCCACUGAAGGUAAAAUGUCAAAUGUCCGUGCAGUCAGGAAGAUGCAGCAGCUGAACAACUUGGUCGCCAUGGUUCUGGAGCUCGCCCGGCCGGGAGACACCGUGGUGGAUUUCUGCAGUGGGACGGGCCACGUCGGGAUUGUUCUGGCUCACACACUUCCAGAUUGCCAGGUCGUCCUCAUAGAGAACAAAGAAGAGUCCUUGGUGCGGGCCCAGAGUCGCAGCGCCGAACUGGGCCUGAAGAACAUCGGGUUCAUUCAGGCCAACCUGGAUUACUUCACUGGACCGUUUCAGAUCGGGGUUGCCCUCCAUGCAUGCGGCGUUGCGACAGACAUGGUGAUGGAGCACUGCGUCCAGGCCGAAGCCGCCUUCGUCAUUAGUCCCUGUUGCUACGGCUUCAUCCAGAACGCCGUCAAGUUCACCUUCCCCAAGAGCCAAAAGUUUAAAGACACGCUGACAUACAAGGAACACAUGAUCCUCUGCCGCUUCGCAGACCAGACUGCUGUCCAGCUUCCCCCCGAGAGGCGACUCACCGGUAAACACUGUAUGGGUCUGGUUGACUUGGAUCGGUCCUGGGCAGCAGAGACUCAUGGGUACUCGGUGCAGGUGAUGACGAUGGAGCCUGAAAGCUGCUCCCCGAAGAACAACAUGCUGGUGGGAAGGCCGCUGCGGACCGGCGGAAGGGAAGCCGCCGACAGCCAACCGCAAACGCCGGUGCAAUUAGGACUUAAAGCAGCGGAGUAGAGCAGGACGUCCUCAGCAGGGUCCGUUUGUCAGACUGUUUUGUGCCUAACUCUGUAAUGGAACUGUUUUCCUUUUAAAUCUACUAAAAUUUUUAAAUUUGUCAUUUACAGGCCCAGUUUUUGUAAGAAAUGGCCUCUGAAAAUAAAAGCAAUGCAUAAGAGGCGUCUUUUCAACGACGAUGUUGUUUUUCUAUCUUUUCCCUAAACUGUGUGACCAAGCUGUCAGUGUACACAGAAGCAGCAGGAAUUACACACCCACACCGCGCAUUA